UAACUAAUGAACCCAAGCUAAAAUCGAGAUCUCCUUCACGUGUUCAACAGAUCAGCCAGGGUGGUAAAGGGUAUUUUCGUUAAACGAGAUCGUCUUUUUCGACGUUCUUGAAUCGUCGAUUUAAAAGACCAUUUUUCGGUCCGUGAAACGCGAAAAGCCAUUUUGCCCGGUCCCUUAAAUGUGAGAUAUACCCUCUUUUACCAGCCUGUUCAGCAGUGCGCCCUUUUAGAGUUUGCUAUUUUUAUCGUACUGAAGCACUUUUUAGGUGCGUCAAAUUUCUUAUUUUGACACAUUUGCACAGCCUCCGGAUGUGCAAAUUGAAACCACUGCGAGGGAACGACAAAAGCUUUUAAAGGCGAUCCAUCCUGUUUUAUAAAAAAAAAAUGUUAUCAUAUGGUUCACAAUAAUCAUGAAUAUCAUAAGAAAAAGUUUAGUGUCGUUGAUCGUGGUUAUUUGGAUACUUAUAACUUUCCUGCAAUGUUAUUCCAGCUUUUUACCGUUUACCAUUCACAAUUACAUUACAGUAGAUAAAGCAUUCAUUCAGCUUGAAGACAUAGGAUGGUUUCAGUGCAUUGAACAGUGUUCUCUCACAUCGGAGUGCCUCUCCUAUAACUUCUGCCGCGAGAUGAAUGGUGCCGAAACAAGUUUGUGUGAGUUGAAUAAAUGUGGAUUUACAUCAAGUUGCGAAGCACAGGACUACCUUCGAUCAUCUAUGGGCUGUGUUUUCCAGCAAAUUCGAGAAAAAUUAGCAAACGAAAAGAUUUGUGAAAACGUUAAAAAAGACAAAGUCGUCAGCGAACAAGCCCAGGGAAACUUCACAUGCAUCCAAAUGAUUUCUGUUUAUGCUGAUGGGGAAUUGGUCAAGCUUGCUUCUGAUGGUGCUGGUCUCGAAGCCAAGGAUAUAGAAUGCCACCUACCAGAGACUGGAAUGGCAAUCCAAGUUACCUUCCCAAUACACUACUCAGUCAUUGCUAUUAAAGUGGCUAACAUGAAGGGUGAUGCAGCAUUCAGGGGAGUACUACCUGGGGACAUCAUUACCAGUCCACAUCAAUGGCGCUGCAUCAGCACAUAUCAUGCGGGGUGGAACCAAAUGGAAUAUAAUGAUACACAUUGGAAAUGGACAAGCAAGGUUAUCAUGAAUGUGACAACACAUGGGAUCCCAAAUGGUGCAAAGUGGAUAACUUCACAUGACCACAGCUAUUACAUAUACUGCAGGAUGUCACGGAAACAGUUAACAGGUAGACCAAUAGGAGUGUCAGGUCCAUAAGUCAUACUUACCAAGAGGUCAUCAUGGAUAGAUUAGAACAAUAAGGCAGCUUAUAUAAAAAUAUACAGUAGAACUCACCCGGGCAGCCAAGGGCGGAUAAAUCAUUUUUAGGGGGGGGGAGGUUUCAGGUUUGCAGCACUUGGUCAAGAUGAGAAAAUCUGUGGUUUGUGCAAAUUAGGAAUUGGGGAUGAAGAUUAUUUUCAUAUAAUGUCCAACCAUUAAAGUAAAAAAAGGAAAAAUAAUGGAAAUAGACAAAUAAAAGUUACAGAUGUUGUGAUAUUACAGUA